GGCCGCUUCCUGCAGGAUGUGUUCACCACGAUGGUGGACCUGAAGUGGCACUACUCACUGCUGAUCUUCACGUCGGCCUUCCUGUGCUCCUGGAUGCUGUUUGCUAUGAUCUGGUGGCUCCUGGCCUUCGCUCACGGGGACCUGCAGCCCCGCGUCCCGGACUCUGACCCCAUGGUGCCCUGCGUCACGGCCAUCCACUCCUUCACCUCCGCCUUCCUGUUCUCCAUCGAGGUCCAGGUGACCAUUGGCUUCGGGGGCCGCAUGGUGACGGAGGAGUGUCCGCUGGCCAUCACGGUGCUGAUCAUCCAGAACAUCCUGGGGCUGAUCAUCAACGCCGUGAUGCUGGGCUGCGUCUUCAUGAAGACAGCGCAGGCCAACCGGAGGGCGGAGACGCUCAUCUUCUCCAGGAACGCUGUCAUCGCCCCGCGCAACGGACGUCCCACCUUCAUGUUCAGGGUGGGGGACCUGAGGAAGAGCAUGAUCAUCUCUGCCACCGUGCAGCUGCAG